GUUUUUAAUAUUGUCCACUUAAUCAUUUUUCACUUCUAAACUGUGAAGGUGACAAGUUAAGUUAUAUACAUAUAAAUUAAAUGAUUUGAUACGAAGAAUAAGAUGAAAAUGUUGAUGCAAGUAUCACAAAGUUCCUUGACAGUUAUUUUUACUAAAAGUGCAAUACGAAGAAAAUCUUUUUGUUUUUUAAAAAAAUGUGAUUUUUCCUCCCAGAAGGUACCUAAUAAUAAAAUAACACGAAAAUCAAUUGUUACACCAUUUCCUCCAUUAACCAAGCCAAUACCUAAUUUACCUAAAGCAAUCUAUGCUACUGCUAAAGAAGAACAUCAGGUUACUAAAGUAACAGUUUUGUCAAACGGAUUAAGAGUUGCCUCUGAAAAUCGAUUUGGCCAAUUUUGUACAGUAGGCGUAUUGCUUGAUUCUGGUCCUCGAUAUGAAAUUGCAUACCCCAAUGGUAUCUCACAUUUCCUAGAAAAGUUGGCAUUUGGAUCUACCAAAACGUACAAGAAUAAAGACCAAAUAAUGCUAGCUCUAGAAAAACAUGGAGGUAUAUGUGAUUGUCAAGCAUCCAGGGAUACAUUUAUUUAUGCAGCAUCUGCAGAACGUCGUGGAUUGGAUACUGUUGUACAAAUUUUGGGUGAUAUUGUUUUAAGGCCUCAAAUUACAGAGGAUGAGAUAAAUGCAGCAAGACAGAUGAUUCGAUUUGAGUUGGAAUCUUUACUUACAAGGCCAGAACAAGAGCCAAUACUUAUGGAUAUGAUUCAUGCGGCUGCAUAUAGAAAUAAUACUCUUGGUCUUCCAAAGAUUUGUCCAAAGGAAAAUAUUGACCAUAUAGAUAGAAAAAUAUUAUUUGAGUAUUUAAAACAUCAUUACACACCACACAGGAUGGUAGUAGCUGGAGUUGGUGUAGAACAUGAGGACCUUGUUUUAGCAGUUCAAAAAUAUUUCGUUGAAAAAAAAUCGGUUUGGGAAGAAGAAGGAGAAAAAGAACAAAAGAAGAAUAGCUCGAUAUCAGUAGGAAAAUUUUCAAAUACAGUUGACGCUUCAAUUGCUCAGUAUACUGGAGGUUACAUACUAGAAGAAUGUAAUGUACCUGUGUAUGCAGGACCUAGUGGUCUACCAGAAUUAUCACAUGUAGUAAUAGGUUUGGAAGGCUGUUCUCAUCAAGAUUCAGAUUUCGUAGCAAUGUGUGUUUUAAAUAUGAUGAUGGGUGGUGGUAACAGUUUCAGUGCCGGGGGUCCAGGAAAAGGAAUGUAUACUCGUCUGUACACGAAUGUACUUAAUAGGUAUCAUUGGUUGUAUAGUGCAACUGCAUACAAUCACGCAUACGCUGAUACAGGUCUUUUUUAUAUUCAUGCAUCUUGUACACCCUCUCAUGUCAGAGACAUGGUAGAGGUGAUCGUACAUGAGAUGGUUACUAUGACAAAUAAUAUUACAGAUAAUGAAUUAGCGAGAGCAAAGAAGCAAUUGCAAUCUAUGUUACUUAUGAAUUUGGAACAAAGACCGGUUGUAUUUGAAGAUAUUGGAAGACAAGUUUUAGCCACUGGUUCUAGAAAACGACCAGAAUACUUCAUACAGGCAAUUGAUGAGAUAUCGAAGGAUCAUGUAACAAAUGUAGCACGUCGUUUACUUAAAUCACCACCUAGUGUAGCAGCUCGAGGGGAAGUAAGAACUGUUCCGUCGAUCGGAGACAUUCAAGCUGGAUUAAUUGACGAGCGAGGCAGAUUGCCUGGUUCCCGUAGUAGAUUAUCGCUUUUCCGCUAGAUCAAAAAAAAUUGUUAAUCUAAAGAUACGUAUACGUUCUUUUUAAUAUCAUAAAUCUUUGACAAAAUUA